AGUAGACAAUGUUUGAACUCUCUUCUUCAAGAACUUCGUGCCAUCAUCCAAAACUUGCCUCGCAGUGACGACGAAUGUGGGAAGAUUGACGACGGAGAUGAGGGCAUUCGACCUUAGAAACAAGAGUUGAGUGCUGAAGCGGGUGCAGGGGUUUAGGGUUUUUUCGACUCUCGGGCAUGACGCCAAAUUGGCAGAGUUUUCCCUGUGGCGGACAUACGAAAACAUUGGCGGUAGAGGUCGAAACUGAAGCAAAAUGUUAAUUGUCACCCGGUUGGUUUCGAGGACGCCGUGCUUUGCAGGCUCGAAUAUGAACGGAGUAAAGAGGAACAUAAUUGUGGGGAACGAGCACAGGGCAACAGCGUAGGGUUCAAAUUUCGUGACUCAAGGAAGAAAGAACAAGUCCACGUUGGCUAUGGAGGAUAAUAUAUGUGUUCUCCUAUCUCUUAAUCGCUCCGAUCAAGUUCGAGAAAUCAUGCACAGGCGAGGUGGGCAUUGGGGCAAGGUGGCAGUGAUAGUUUUCGUUAGUUCUGAAGAUAUGACGCAUGGAAGCUGGACUUGAAUUACUUUUAGAGGUUUGGACCUUGGUUGAUUCGGCAGUGUGGGAUCUUUCAGGAAAUGAUUGACGUUUAUGGUCUGGGAAGCUGGCAAUGAACUGACAGGCAGGCAGAUCAAUUCAGGUAGAGAUGUCAGGGGAGGACGAUGAUGAUGAAAUAUGGAAUUCUGAUAAUUUUAUUGCUACGAUCGAAGUAUUUCUUCAAAAGGCUGAGCAGGAGAGUGCUGUCAAGCAUGGAACUCAGUCUGUGGUUCCUUCUGCUUCCUCUAGUAUCCCUGCAACGUCAGUUUCCACUUACAGUAAUGGGCCCUUCUCCAAGUUUGGCCCGAGCUCAGCAGACUCAAAGUUACCGUAUGGAUCGUCUGUAUUUCGUGGGGGGGUUUCAGGACGAAUGGGGGAUUUUCCGGCAAUUGGCCCUGAACACAGGGUAGACGAAAGUGCGGGUCGCCCACUCAUGCUUCAACCAUUAAAUUACCGUAACCCUUGGGCAUCUUCAGAUGUCAAAGCUGUCCAUACCAGUCAGCAAUCCAAGGGAUUGGUUGAAAUUCAUACUGAUAAUCUUCAGUUAGCUAUGGUAGAGAAUGAAAGCCAAGCACUCAUGGACAUGUUGGUUGAGAAGGAUGGAGCUAUAUCCUUACUUCGCACUCGUCUCAGAGAGGCAGAACAACAAGUUGACGAACUGAGGAGGAAGGGCACCUCACAUACUGCUCUUCAGCCAGCUAUAUCCCAACAGCGGGAGCUGGAGCGUCUAUCUUCUCAACUUUUGUUUAAGGUACCCCUGUAGUCUAAACCCUUUGCUUUAAAUUUGGUGGACUCCAUGAAACUUUGUUCUUUUGCAGUUUUAAUGUACAGAAAACAAAAAGUUUUUCCUUUCGACUUUUCUUGCUCUUUAUCGGGUGAUGGCUAUUGUUGCCGCUGGAACCCUGUUCAGGAGCACGAGAUGAGCGAACUUCAGAGGCUGCGCCUUGAGGAGGAAAAAAAACUUAAAGACGCCCUAGGAGAAGCUACUGUUUUAAGACGAGAGCUUGAGCAUUUGAAGCAAUCGAGACUAACAGGUACGGAUGGACCGAAGCGGUCUCGAGAUGAAGGAUCAAGUCCACUUGACCUCAAUGUUGAAAGACAUGCCACUAUUACAUCUCGACCCCAUGGAAGCGUUGAGAAGAAUAUUCGACCUUCGGAGCAACAACUUGACCCUUGGACGUCUCCUUGGGUGCCAGAGAGGACCGUCAAUAUCGCUCAGCGAAAGGCAUCUCACGGAGGGCAUGAAAAGAAUGUGGCGGGGUUGAGUAAUAGGCAUCCUGUUGGAGAUUUAUCACCUGCCGUUGCAACCCUGAAGAGGAGGACAGCAGAGAAUGGUUGUGUAUCCUCCAGCAAGAGUGAGACUAAUGAUUGUAAAGAGCCUAAGGCAAUUGAAGCCCCAGGACAAUCGAGAGAACCAGAAGCGGCCUUGAGCGAGCUUUCUUACUCUUUGCAGCAAAUCUGGGGUUUCAAAGGUGCUAAGAACGAUGGGAAGGAUCUUGUUGGAAAGAUAUAUGCAGCUUGUGCUCAUGAUCUGUACACAUUGCUAUCUAAUGGAGAUGAUAACAAAGCAGUGGAUUGCAAAAGUAGUGAUAGAAGAAAGUCCGAAAGUUUGACUCUCUCCGAGAAGUUUUACAGCGCGGUUGCCAAGGUCACCAGCGGUGCAGCACAUCCUGAGAUUAUUCUUGGCCCACUCCUAGAAUUUUGCAAUUUGGACAAUGCAAAGCUUCUCGGUAGUGCUCUAAGGGUACUUCAUUGUAUUCUUCAACACGAUGUCACUUGCAGGAAAAGACUUAUGUGGAGGAGGAAGCGAAGUCAUGAUGCUGGAAGUCCACUACUACCUGAUUCUCACUUGGAAGGAAAGGACAGUGGCGAGGAAGCGAAGUGUGGGUUUAGAGUGGUUUCAAAAACGCUGGCAAAUGGUGAAUCCAAACAGUUGCCAGUGUUUUUUUCACCCAGGAUUAUUCUUCAGACUAAAGAACCCGAAGUGUCAGGGUCAGGCAAGGGAAAUGCUUUAGACAAACUGAAGAGACAUGCAGGAACUGAUUUUCCACUCGAGAAGGACCGGAAGCAACUACAGGAGCUUCAAACUGGACAAGAAGAUAGGGAAGAACAAGGUUUUGUAGAAGGCGUAGCUGCUACAAAGGAUCCGUCAGCUAAAGUUGCUGGAGACCCUUGCUCACACAACCAGUCAACAGCACUCCAAGAACUUGAGCAUGGUCUUGGUGGAGUUCGAGGCACAAAGUCUAUAAAUGAAGAGCUCGACCCAUUUCUGAAGUGGAUGCUUCAUUUGGCGCUGGCAUCCACGAGCGCCGUCGUUAGGAUGGAGGCUGUUGCAAUUAUCGGGGUGCUUGUUGUUCAUAGUGAACCCCUUGUUGGAAGAUUAUUGUAUGGACCCCUUCUAAGUCAUGAGGGGCUAGAGUUACUCCUGAAGGAAUCUGCCGGGGUAGAGAUUCAACUUCAGGCUGUAAGAAUUGUACAUCAUCUUUUACAUUGCCCCGCUCUUUACAGAAAGUUUUGUUACGGGACUACGGAGGAACAAUCAAACUCAAAGCCUGAGAAUUACAUAGAUCCAAAAAUGGUCAUGGAGGAAUCUACCGUCGUCGAGGGCAACAACCUUGGGAAUAGUUCUGAUCACAAAGUAGAUGCCCAUGUCGCGGGAAAAGGGUUGAUUCCCAGGCCUUCUGCCGGUCUUAUGAAGAGGAAGUUGCUGGCGGGGUUGGCAGAUUGUUUAAAGUUUACAGGCAUUAGUCCUCAGGGUUAUGCGCUUCGACGAAAUGUGAUGAGACUGAUCACAUUCAUUGCUUCUUGCGGCGAUGCUGGUGUUGCGUUUUUGACGCAGCCCGUAGCAUCUCGGAAGACUGGUGCCGAUGAACCCUCGAGAACUUGUAGAGAUGAUCAGAAAACCGACGGAAUGGCUCUUGGCGACAGUGCAAGUGGCCAGCAUAUUGCUGGAGAUGUCUCUGGGCUCAAAGGGCUCGACCCUCGUGGUCGGAUGAAUUCAGGUACUGAUGAUGUGGAAGCAGGACUCGCGGAAAAUCGUGAAGAUUUGGAAACAGUGAUCAACUUUCCCGAAAAGCUAGUGACGCUUCUUGGAGCAGAAUUAGAAAUUCGAGACGAAGAAGAGACUGAUGCGAGCUUAGUUGAAGAGAGAGCUUGUCUUAUUCGAGAAGUGGCAACAUUACUGAGCUGUCUUGCUUCCCACCCUGUCCAGUCUGGAGUAGUUUUAGGUUUUCUGACUAGUAGCCAAAAAAUUGCAAGGUUGACGCUGAGUGUGGUUAAUGAUAUAGUCAACCGAAAACCAUUUCGAGCCUCUGCAACUGGUCAAAAGUAUGCAAGUCUUUCAAAUUCCGACACCUCGGAGUUAUGUAAAAGUCUAAGACGAAGAGUUUUGAGAGCUAUGGCGGAAUCUUCAGAGCCCCAUUGAUAAUUAUUGAAAGAAUUUAGUCAC